CACCGUCAGCGUCCAUUUUGGGCAAAGCAGGAAGUUGAUUUAGGGGAAAACCUAACAAACAAACUAAACAACUUCUUAAGCGUCCAGCGAUACAUUUAUCGGUUUUUAUUACGUGUUUGAAUCUUUGUUCAAUGUAUAUGUUGUUAAAUUAACACCGGCUGGACUGUACGCGGAUUUAAUCGUUUGUUUGACGGUUGUGCUGACAGGCUCACGCGCGUCGCAGAGGUCGCGACAAUAAUCCGGAAUCCUAAAUAAAACCAGUUGGUCAGGAUGGCGGAUGACUUCGAUGUUGAGGCCAUGCUGGAAGCUCCUUUUAAGAAGGGAGAAAGCAAGACCUCCAGUGCCAACGGUCACGAUGGCGAUCGCAAGAAAAAGAAAAGACACAGCAACAGUCCCAGUCCAGACCGCCGGAGGAGCAGGAGCAGGGAGCAAAAGAAGAGCCGAGAACGCCGCAGGAGUCGCAGCCGUGAGUCCAGACGAUCGAAGAGUAAAGAACGCAGGCGUUCGCCAUUACGCAACCGGGGGGGCGGACGUUACCGUGGACGCAGGAGCCCAUUUAUGGGGCAGAAAAUAAACGGUGGUUCCGGAGGCAAGACUGGCCCACAGCAUUUCACCAAGCACAGUCGCAAGCGCUCCCGAAGCAAAAGCCCAUUCAAGAAGGACAAGACCCCAGUCAGGCAACCGAUAGAUAAUCUGAGCCCGGAGGAAAGAGACGCCCGCACAGUGUUCUGCAUGCAGCUGGCUGCCAGAAUUAGGCCCAGAGAUCUAGAAGACUUCUUCUCAGCAGUAGGAAAAGUUCGUGACGUGAGGAUGAUCUCAGAUAGAAACUCUCGGAGGUCAAAGGGCAUUGCCUACAUUGAGUUUGUAGAUUCGACCUCAGUUCCGCUGGCCAUUGGACUGACGGGGCAACGUGUUCUGGGAGUGCCAAUCAUAGUCCAGGCUUCACAGGCUGAGAAGAACAGAGCAGCAGCCAUGGCCUUAAACCUCCAGAGGGGAGGCAUCGGACCAAUGCGGCUGUAUGUGGGCUCCCUGCACUUCAAUAUCACCGAAGACAUGCUCAGGGGCAUCUUUGAGCCUUUCGGCAAGAUUGAAGGCAUCCAGCUGAUGAUGGACAAUGAGACGGGCAGGUCGAAAGGAUACGGCUUCAUAUCAUUUGCAGAUGCAGAAUGUGCUAAAAAGGCCUUGGAUCAGCUGAAUGGAUUUGAGCUCGCUGGGCGGCCGAUGAAGGUGGGUCACGUUACCGAACGCACUGAUGCCUCCAACGCCAGCUCCUUCCUGGAUAAUGAUGAGCUGGAGAGAACUGGCAUUGACCUGGGCACAACGGGCCGUCUUCAGCUGAUGGCUAGACUGGCAGAGGGUACAGGAUUGCAGAUUCCUCAUGCUGCCAAACAAGCUCUACAGAUGAGUGGCUCUGCGGCUUUUGCAAAUGCCACAGGUACUGUUCAAGCUCCUAUUCUCCCUAAUCCUGGGAUGAAUCAAGCCAUGAACCUUCCGACCCAGCCACUGGCCACACAGUGUUUACAGCUGUCUAACAUGUUCAAUCCACAAUCGGAAGAUGAACCUGGCUGGGACGUCGAGAUACAGGACGAUGUCAUUGAUGAGUGCAAUAAACAAGGAGGCGUUGUUCACAUAUACGUCGACAAGAACUCUCCUCAAGGAAAUGUUUAUGUAAAAUGUCAGAGCAUCCCCGUUGCAAUGACUGUCGUCAGCGCCCUGCACGGGCGGUGGUUUGCAGGUAAAAUGAUCACAGCUGCCUACGUGCCUCUCCCCACUUACCAUAACCUGUUUCCAGACUCAGUCACAGCUACACAGCUCCUCAGGCCCACACGCCGGUGAUCCAGCCCCCCUGCCUCUGUCUGACCCUGCUUAAUCUGAAAACACAAUAUGUACAUGCAGCUUUAUACCCCCCACCCCACCCUUCUUGAAAUAACUGCUGUGGGCCUGUGCCAUUAAAGGUCAUGAAGGGCAACAUCAUAUGUUGCAUAAUACGGAUGAAGGUUUUGCAGAUAGGCCUGUUUUGUUUUAUUUUGCUUUUUUAGUCUGAUGUUGAUCUGAAGUCAUUUGUUAUCCUAACUAUAGCAAAUUUUAGCUCAGUUCUGCUUCACUGUUGACCCUUCUAAGUGGAAACUCUUAUCUCUGUCUGAACAUGAUCUGGACACCUGACAAUGGUUUUGAAGGAGAUUCUAGUGUUUUUAAAGAAAUUUCUUUUGAAGCUGUUUUGUCAUUUUUCUGCAUUGAUUAGUUGCCUAGAAAGGUGGAACGAUAUGUUAUCUUUUCAGUUUUCAACUAAAAAAGUUCUUUAUCUUGUAUGUUUUUUGUCUAGACUUAUUUUCAGUCUGUUACUUUCAUUGUAAGCAACAACAGAGAACCAAAAAGAGUUUGAAGUGGUUAUGGUUAUUUUCUUCUGGAGACUGUCUGUUUGCUGUCUGAAACCAUUUUGAAUUUAUAACUUUUCAUAAUCAAGAACUGAUUUUUCUAAAUCUUACAAUUGAUUAAAGGACUUUCACAACACUGAAUAAAACUGAGUUUUGGUUUUGAUU